AUGCUGCGCUGUCUGUCGGCCCAAGCAACUGAAGUCGUCCGGUCAAACCGUCAGUCGCAUAACUGCGUGCGUCUUGUUCUGCACUUCGGUUUACCCAACUGCUAUUGCUGCUGCUUUAUGGACAACCAUCACCGAUUAGAUCACGGCGGCUGUGUGAUCGGCACAGUCGCCGACGCUGCCAGCGGCGAUCACGGCGCGAGCGACGGCGCGAGAAGCGGGUAUCUGCAGCGGUUCAGCAGCAUCAGCAGCAGCUUCGCGCGUUCCAAGGCGGCUCGGAGCAACGGAGGGAGGAGCCGUUGCAGCAGCAUCGGCGGCAACUCGCUGGCGGACGGCGAUGGGGUUUGCGACGCCGCUUUUGUCGACUGUGCGACGAGCGACAGCGGAAAGAGUCGCACGAGCGACGUGAGCCAGGAACGACAGCGGUUCUGCCUCGCGACGGAAGGGUGCGAGGGGAACGUAGGACGAAUUGAGGCCGGCGCGCCUCUGGAUGACGAUGCUAGAGAGGAGUCCUUCAAGUCAGCCGCAUCGCACUCGUCCCAGCCGUCGUUUGGUUCGUGCGCCUCUUUCCAGUCGCGCACGUCGCUCGGAUCGCAAGUGUCGCAGGGGUCGCAGGGUUCCCGGCGGAGCAGCGGCGCGGUUUCGGUGAAAAAGAUACGCGCUGCUAAAGUACUGAAUCACGGCAGUGAGGACCCCCAUGUUUCCACCAUUCCCGAGUUCGCGGAGUGGAAUUGCCCCGCGGAGCCCUCCGCGCCCGACUCCGCGCACCCGCGCGGAAAGUGCUCCUCCGCGCUCUCCCGCCUCAAAGCGCGCCUGCAGCGGACUGGGGGAUCGGGGGACGCGGAGGGAUCGGCGGAGAAACAGGAGAAUCCGCCACCGCAUCAGCAGCAACGGAGGUCGGGUUAUAAGUACACCGCGCAGUUUAGAGAGCGGUACGAGCAGGUGAAGGACCGAAGCAAGUUCGACUGGCAGGGCGAAUACGGAAGCAGCAGUAGCGCGUACGGGGCUAGUGUGUGCGACGGGAACAGCAUGCGGUUCGACGGAAAUAGCAUGGGUGGUGAUGAUAGCAGCACGGUUGGCGGCGGUAGCACGUGCAGGGAAGAUAUCGGGGUGAUUGGAGCUUCAGCUUCCUCUGAAGCGACACACGCCGCAGCAGACGCAGCACCACCACCAGCAGCAGCAGCAGCAGCAGCAGCAGCAGCUGCUGCAGCAUCCCUAACACAGCAUCUUUCCCAUUUCCAGCCUUCUGAGCUGGCCGUUGCACACAAUAUCGGGGAUGUCCGCGGUGGGAAGGGCGGAUCUGUCUACGACAGCGGUGCAAUGGCUGUGUCGCCAACGCCAGCAAUAACACCAGCAGCAGCCGAAGCAGCAGCAGCAGCUUCAGCAGAAGCAGAGGCAUUGGCAGCAGCCGAAGCAGAAGCAGCGGAAGCAUUGGCAGCCGCAGGAUCAGAAGCAGAAGCAGCAACAGCAAUGGAGGCAGAACGCGCAGCGGAGACGGCUGAGGAGAGUGAACCCGGCGAGCGUCAAGUCAUUCCGGCUAGAUUCUAUGGGACUUCCCGAUUCACCGCAAUGUUUUCUCAGCGGGCUGCCCGGCGCAGAAGCGAGAAAGCUGCUGCAGCAGGAGCAGCAGCCCCACCUGCACCCGCCUCUGCUGCAGAAACAGACGAUGCUGCUGCUUCUGCUGCUUCCUCAGUCCCUCAAUCCCCCAUCACUGGUUACCCUACAUCAUCAAUUCCUGCAGCUGCCACCAAUGCAGCUUUCUCUGCUGCUGUCUCUCCUACUGCUGUGAGCAUGUGCACUCCCACCAGUGCCUCUACCGGAAAAGCCAGCAGGAUGGAUCGAUCUGAUACCAGCGAGCCCAGCAGCAGCCGCAACAGCAGCAGCAGCAGCAGCAGCAGCAGCCUCGCCAGUGCCAGGCCACGCGAGGGGAGCAUUGAGACUGAGAAGAUGAAAUCUAUCCCAGCAGCAGCGGAGGAAUUAUCGGCAGGAAGUGCAUGCACUGAGCUUACAUCCAGUUACGGUCCGAACGGUGGCCGCCAGAGCAGCAGCAGUCGCCGCAGCAGCAGUGGCAGCCCUUUUGAGAACAUGGCUUGGCCCACGCCCCAGCCAAAGCUGGCAGCUCGGAUCAGUAGGGAGAAGAAGCGAGCCAAGUUGCAUUGGCUGUGGGCACUCUUUCAGCGAAUGCUCUGA